GACCCGGGAUAAAAUAUACGUAGAUACGUUUAUAUAAUUUUAAAUACUGCUUGAAAGAAAACAUAACUAAACUAUCAAAAUCCAUAGCAUCGCAUCGCAUAGGGCAAGGGUUGGUGUCGUUGGGUUCCGAUGGGUUGUACGGAUUUGUGAUUCGAGAUUCGACGGCACGCAUUAUCAACCACUUGUGUGUUGCGGUGGCCAUUGCCUCUGUUAGUGGCUUCAGGAUCUUUUGAAUUCUGCAGCUCUGAAAUAUAGAUAAACCAAUCAUAAGACAGUAGAGGAUAAUGGCAGAAUCCAUAUCUAGCUUCUGGGGUCCGGUCACAUCCACCAAAGAGUGUUGUGAAGUAAACUAUGCUCAUUCGUCUUACAUUGCUGAAUUUUAUAACACAAUAUCCAACAUUCCGACAAUACUUUUGGCUUUGAUUGGUCUUAUAAAUGCAUUAAGACAACGGUUCGAGAAAAGAUUUAGUGUUCUUCAUGUAUCAAAUAUGACACUUGCCAUUGGAAGCAUGUUGUACCAUGCCACGCUGCAAAAUGUGCAACAGCAAAGUGAUGAAACUCCUAUGGUAUGGGAGGUGCUGCUGUACAUGUACAUCCUCUACUCUCCAGAUUGGCAUUACCGCAGUACAAUGCCCAUCUUCCUCUUCGUGUAUGGUGCUGCUUUUGCCAUUGCCCAUUCAGUGUUUCAUUUUGGUAUUGGCUUCAAAGUGCAUUAUAUCAUUCUCAUUCUCCUCUGCGUUCCGAGAAUGUACAAGUAUUACAUUUACACUAAAGAUGUUUCUGCCAAGCGGCUUGCAACGGUAUUUCUAGUUACUUUUUUAUUUGGCAGUUUGUUUGGGUUCUGUGACCGUAUUUUCUGCAAGGAGAUAUCCCGUUGGCCUAUUAACCCUCAGGGUCAUGCUUUGUGGCAUGUCUUCAUGGGUUUCAAUUCCUACUUUGCCAACACAUUCUUGAUGUUUUGCCGGGCUCAACAGCGGGGGUGGUCGCCAAAAGUUCUUCAUUUAAUGGGAGCAUUACCUUAUGUGAAGAUUGAGAAACCAAAAAGCCAGUGACAGAAAUUCGUGGGAAAAGAAGGAAGCCUCUUUCUGAUGAUACAUUUUAGCAAGAUAAGCUGUUAGAAAACCAUGUGUCUUCUUAGUUUUUUUUUUUUUUUUUUCCUUUUCACUUUUGUGGUUUAGAUUGGCUUGAAAAUUAUGAUUGGUUAUUUAUAUAUUUCGAUGUAGUACUAGGACAUGUACCAUAAUUAUCCCGUCGGUACUUUCUUGAGCCUAGACCUUAGCUCUAAAAUUAUUAUGACAACCAAAAACAUAAUUUUGCCGUCCUGGUUGUUGUUGGGCUCCCAGUUGAAUCAAUCCCCCACAUUCUACUUGUAAUGUCUUGUGUAACCCUAUUCACGUUCAUUUGAGUAUAUUACUAACUUGUUUUGGAGCGC